AUGGUCUCUUUUCGCUCCUUCGCUUUCUCGUGCUAUACCAUUGCUUUAUUCGCACCAUUAUGUCUGGCGCAUCUGAUAGAGGUGCCUGCGGGGAAGAAGGAGUGUUUCUUUGAGGAUCUACAUGUGAACGACAAGAUGACUGUCACGUAUCAAGUUGGAGGUGGAGGACAUUUAGACAUCGACUUUUGGCUCUCCGACCCAGACCAACUCGCAAUGCAGAAGCAACUCAAGCAAUCACAAGGGACCAUGUCAAUAACCGCAACAAAAGACGGCCGCCAUGAAUACUGCUUCUCCAACCAGAUGAGCUCGAUAGCGGAUAAGAUCGUCAGCUUCAACGUUCACGGUGUCAUUUACGUGGACGAGGACGAAAUUGUGGCACCAAUAGAGCGAGAAAUCCGACUACUCGCCAAUGGUCUUACAGCUGUCAAGGACGAGCAAGAGUAUAUCGUCGUCCGCGAGCGCACACACCGAAACACGGCCGAGUCGACAAACUCGCGCGUCAAAUGGUGGUCCAUUAUGCAGACGCUUGUGCUCUUCUCGGUUGUGGCAUGGCAGAUAUACUACUUGAAGUCUUUCUUCGAGGUAAAACGGGUAAUAUAG